AUGUCGGGGGACUGGGAUGAAGACCUGUGUAAGAAGGCGCUGGUGCUGGUGGAGGAGCUUUGCUUCAACUCCCCCAGAGGCUACAGCCAGAGUGAACACUGCCAGGAGUUCAGCUACCUGCUGAGAGGUCGCAAUAGACAGCUUGACACAGAGAUCUCCGUCAGUCUGCUGUCGGUGAUUGUGACCUUCUGCGGCAUCGUGCUUCUCUCCGUCUCUCUCUUCGUCUCCUGGAAGCUCUGCUGGUUGCCAUGGAGAGACAAGGAGGGCGGGGGCCUGAGCCUGACGUCGGGGCUCCUGCCCGGAGGCGCCGGCGUUGGAGGUCUCGGUGGCGGAGGGGCCUCACUCCUUCCCCCGCUCCUGCAGAGGAAGGAGGGCCACUCCUCCUCAUCGCUCUACCCAACCCUGGGGCAGCAGGGCCAGCACCACCCCCAUUUCUCCGAGCUGGUGGGGUUGGAGAGAGGGGAGGUCGGAGGUGUGGUCGGGGGUCCCCAGGAGACCCAGGAACCCUCCUACCUGGACAUGGACUCCUACCCCAACAAUGCGGGUACUCUGAAGCUGAGCCAGACGUCUCCAGACGUCCCUAACUCAGAGGGAGGAGGAGGAGCCCAGCCUCAUAAAGACCUCCCUAAUGCACACUCUCAGCAGCAGGUCACCUCACGGCCCAAGCCCAUGACUCACCAGCUCUCCAGCCCAGACUUCCACGGUGAGGAGAAGGAGCAGGUAACCAGCAUCGGCCAGAUCAAACCAGAACUCUACAAACCCAAGGGUGACCAGGGGGAGGGGAAACAGGGCGACACCUGCGGCAAGAUAAGCUUCCUUCUGCGUUACGCCUUCAACACGGAACAGUUGGUGGUGAAGAUCCUCAAAGCUCUGGACCUGCCAGCGAAGGAUGCCAAUGGCUUCUCUGACCCCUACGUUAAGAUCUACCUACUGCCAGACAGGAAGAAGAAAUUCCAGACCAAGGUUCACAGAAAGACUCUGAACCCAGUGUUUAAUGAGACGUUCCAGUUCGGCGUGCCCCUGAAUGAGCUACAUUCCAGAAAGCUGCACUUCUCUGUUUACGACUUUGAUCGCUUCUCCAGACACGACCUCAUUGGCCAGGUGGUGGUGGACAACCUAUUAGACUUCAGCGAGGGCACCGGAGAGAAGCCUGUCUGGAGAGACAUUGUGGAGGGGACUGCUGAGAAGGCUGAUCUCGGGGAGCUUAACUUCUCCCUGUGUUACCUGCCGACUGCUGGCAGGCUCACCGCUACAAUCAUCAAGGCCACUAACCUGAAGGCCAUGGACCUCACUGGCUUCUCAGACCCAUAUGUAAAGGCUUCUCUCAUCUGUGAUGGGCGCAGACUAAAAAAGAGGAAGACCUCCAUUAAAAAGAACACGCUGAAUCCCACCUAUAAUGAGGCGCUGGUCUUCGACAUCCCCAAUGAGAACAUUGAGAGCGUGUCCAUCAUCAUUGCAGUGAUGGACUAUGACUGUAUUGGUCAUAAUGAGGUCAUAGGGAUGUGCCGUGUGGGCAGUGAUGCCGAGGGUCCUGGCAGAGAGCACUGGGCAGCUAUGCUCGCCAAUCCACGCAAACCCAUUGAACACUGGCAUCAGCUUGUGGAGGAGAAAGCAAUCAGCACGUAUGUGUCAAAGAGUGUCACAACAGCCUCCUGCAAGCCUCACAUCGUAGUGGACAGCCCUCAUUCUGAAUGA